AUGAUGGUGAGACCCGUGGGGAAUGCAGACCUGCCGUCCACUGAUUGGGGCUUCGUUGGUGCGACUGUGGCAGGCUGCCUACAUGCCUUAGCGAUGGCCUUGAGGAAGAAGUUCGGCCACGGCACACAACACUACUACAGGGAGCCGCGGUGGUGGAUAGGAGUAGUGACAGACGGCUUGGCUGGACUGGUUUUCAGCUUGGUUACCCCAUUUCUGGCUGUGGAGAUCUUGCUCCUGACUACAUCCGCCUCUCAGCUGGCCUGUGCCUAUGUGCUUGGCCUUUACAUGUUCAAUGAGCAGGGCAACAUGUGGCAAAGGGUGGGCUUUGGCCUCACGGCGACUAGUGUGAUACUGUUGAGCUUCUCUAAGCAAGAGAAGGCGAGUCCAUCCACUCACUUCUGGCCAAUGUGGCUGCAGCCGCACUUUCUAAUGGCCAAUGGUUGUUGGCUGCUUGUCGCUGGUUUCUGCUUUGCAGUCAUAAGCGACAAGAAUGGCUAUGCGGUGUUUGCUGCCUACAUGGACGGCGUCCAGUUCUUAUUCACUCGACAACUGUCACAGAACCUUGAAGGACCCGGAGGAUUGCACGUGGACGUGCAGUUCUGGGAGUUUGUCGCAUGCAAAGCAUUUUGUGUCAUCUCGGUGCUCCAUCUGCAGCAGUGCGCCCUUGCAGAAGACAACUUCUCCGGCUUCAAGAGCAUUGGGACGGUCCUCCCCUUGCUGCAGAACUUGACGACGUGCUCUUUGGGUGCUACCUUCUUUGGUGACACUGUGAAGGUGACCGUGCCUGUGGUGUGUGCCCUUGCCCUAGCACCCGUUGGAAUCUGGCUCUUAGCGCAGACGCCGGCUGUCAGACGCAGAUCUCAGCUGGCUGAGGAACCAACAUGUGAGUCUCGACUGGCGCAGCCGGAGACGUGA